CUGAGAGCAACAACUUUCUCAGAUUGACACAGAAUGGAGAGAAGCUGACGCACCGCUCUUACCGGACCGUUAACUUUCUUCCUCCAGCCUUCACUCAUGCCAUCACAGUCUACAAGCUGUGCCAGACCCGAAAAAUUAACUUUAGGAUAGUUUUAGAAUAGUUUAACCACUAGAAAGUUUAUUGUUUUCUUUUUUUUUUUUUUUCCUUUUUGGAUACUUCAUCUGCGCUAUUACGCAUGAUGCGCAAAGGCAUGGCUCCACAUCGGAAACAAAAAACGGGAGUACAAAAUGUUUUUUACGUCUAUCUCUCCAUUUCAGUGGCGUACUCUUACAAUAUAGACUUAGAACAUCCUCUGGUGUUCCGCGGACCUAAUUCUAGUUUUUUUGGCUAUUCUGUGCUGGAGCAUUAUCAUGACAACACACGCUGGGUAUUAGUAGGGGCUCCCAGGGCAAACUCGACCUACAGUAGUUCUGUGCACUCUCCUGGAGCUGUUUAUAAGUGUCGAGUUCACAGCAAUCCAGAACGCCGCUGCACAGAGAUGGACAUGGGAAGAGGAAACAAGCCGAGAGAGUCGUGCGGGAAGACGUGCCAAGGAGACAGAGAUGAUGAGUGGAUGGGGGUCAGCCUGGCCCGCCAGGACAAAGCCAACGGCAAAAUACUGGCCUGUGCUCACCGCUGGAAAAACGUCUACUACGACUCAGAGCAUAUCCUUCCCCAUGGAUACUGCUCCAUCAUUUCCCCGACUCUUCAAGGCAGGACGCGGCCGCUCAUUCCCUGUUAUGAAGACUAUAAGCAGAAAUAUGGGGAAGAGCACGGCUCGUGCCAAGCUGGGAUAGCGGGUGUUUUUACAGAGGAGCUGGUGGUGAUGGGGGCACCGGGGUCAUACUACUGGACGGGGACAAUCAAGGUGUACAACCUGACCUCUGACAUCUUCUACAGCCCAAACAAAGAAGAGGUUGACUCACACAGAUACAGCUACCUUGGUUACGCUGUGACUGCUGGACAUUUCUCUUCUCCUAAUGUGAUCGACAUCGCUGCAGGGGCGCCUCAGCACAGCGGCAGUGGAAAAGUUUACAUUUUCAAAAUCGACGGUGUGUCUUUAGUGAAGAGUUUUCAAGCCUCAGGGAAAAUGAUGGGCUCUUACUUUGGCUCCUCAUUAUGUGCAGUUGAUCUGAACCAGGACGGCCUGUCAGACCUGCUGGUGGGGGCACCCAUGCACAGCCAGCUCCGGGACGAGGGCCAGGUGUCCGUGUACCUCAGCAAGGGCAACGGGGUGAUGGAGGAGGACGGCAUUUUGACUGGUGACAGCGCUUAUAAUGCACACUUUGGAGAGUGCAUUGCCUCAAUUGGAGACAUAGAUGAUGAUGGUUAUCAAGAUGUGGCUAUAGGGGCACCAAAAGAGGACGACUAUAGCGGGGCUGUCUAUAUCUACCACGGGGAUGCCACAGGGAUUGUCAAAAAAUACUCCAUGAAACUGUCUGGACGCAGCGUACGCCCUGGUCUACAGAUGUUUGGCCAGUCCAUCUCCGGCAAUGUGGACAUGGAUGGCAAUGGAUAUGCAGAUGUCACUAUCGGAGCUUUCAUGGCUGACAGUGUGGUGCUGUUAAGGUCUCGGCCUGUCAUUACAGUGGAUGUCUCCAUCCUCCUGCCCGUCUCCAUCAACAUCUCUGUGCCUCAGUGCCACGAGGGCAACCAGAACCUGAACUGCUUCUAUGUCACCGUCUGCAUGCGCUUCCGUGGCCGACAGCUGCCAGGACAAAUAGAGCUGCUGUAUAACCUGACAGCUGAUGUGGAUAAGAGACAAAAAAGCCAGCCUUCGCGGGUUUACUUCAGUCAGAGCGGCUCUCAGAUCAGCCUUCUGAGCCAGCAGCUUAGUCUGGACAUCAACAGGGAGGAAUGCCAGCGCUUCACCGCCUACGUGAAGAAGGAUGUAAAGGAUGUGUUCACAGCUAUCACAUUUGAGGUGGCGUACAGUCUGAGGAAACACGUGUUGAUGGGACAUCAGGACCGAGACCUUCCUGCACUCACCCCAGUCCUACGAUGGAGGAAGGGAAAUAAGAUUGCAGUAAAAAAUGAGACUUGGUUUGAGAAGAACUGCCUGUCUGAUGACUGCGCCGCAGAUCUGAGGCUUCACGGGAAACUGUUUCUCUCUGGGUUGUAUACCAAGCCCCAUCUAGCCCUCGGAGGAGUGAAGAACGUGUCUUUGAACCUGACCAUAUCCAACACUGGUGACGACGCCUACGACACCAACAUUUACUUCAACUUUUCCAGAGAAGUUUUCUACAUCAACUUCUGGCAGAGGGAAGAGAAGGGUAUUUCCUGUGGACUUGUUGAUCUGGACUUCCUUAAAUGCAGCGUGGGAUUUCCCUUCAUGAGAGCACAGACUAAGUAUCAUUUUGCAGUGAUUUUUGACACCAGUCAACUCUCUGGAGAAAAUGACACAUUACAGUUUUUAAUUCAAGCUAAAAGCGCCAAUCCAGAGCACAAACUUCAUGACAACUUUUUGGAUCUGUCCAUCCCUCUGGUUCAUGAGACUGACACAACCAUUACUGGUGUGGUGACACCCACUUCCUUCGUGUAUGGAAACUCGAUUGAUGCCUCACGCUUUGUCCAGGUGGAAGACUUGGAGUGCAACUUUCAGCCUCUUAAUCUCACUUUCCAGGCAAUAAACAAUGGGCCCAGCAGGCUUCCUGGCUCCACUGUGGACAUCAGAAUACCCAACCGGCUGGCUGGCAACGGAGCUGACAUGUUCCACAUCGUUGAAACACAGGUGGUCGACGGCAGAGGGAACUGCACCCCUCACAGGAACCCGACACCGUGCACCAUCCCCCAAGACAGAGAGAGCAUCUUCCAUUCCAUAUUUGCUUUCUUCACUAAAUCAGGCCGCAAAGUCUUGGACUGUGAUCGGCCAGGUCGGGCAUGUAUGACGAUCUCUUGCACUCUUGGUCCUCAGAUGAAAGAAGAAGCUUUGAGCAUUGAUAUAAAACUCCUACUAAACACUGAAAUUCUGAAGAGGGACAGUUCCUCUGUGAUCCAAUUUGUGACGAGGGGUAGUGUCCAAGUAAAUGACAGGGCUGUGGAAGUGCCAAAGGGCCUGCCAGAGGACAUAUCUCUGAUCUUCGAGGCUCUCCACAGUCAGGAGCCGAGGGGUUAUGUCGUUGGUUGGAUCAUCGCCAUCAGUCUGCUGGUGGGGAUCCUCAUCUUUUUGCUGUUAGCUGUGCUACUCUGGAAGAUGGGAUUCUUCCGUCGGCGCUACAGAGAGAUUAUUGAAGCCGAAAAGAACAGGAAGGACAGUGAUGAAAGCUGGGACUGGAUGGAAAAGAACCACUGAGACUUAGAGCGUGUCCCAGAGGAGCCAAUGAGAUUAGGGAUUGGGUCAGGAAGGAUCCAAUAGCAUGGGGUCUCGCAGCCCAGCCGCCCCAGUGGCACCAGACCCUUCAGUCUUCCAUAUGUGGAAGAGAAGAAUAUUCUCCAUAUUUUUUGGAGACUUGAUAUUUUUUUGUGGGUGGGGGUCCAGGAAACAGGCUUCUGAGGUGACAGUGUGGCUUGCCAGAGGACACUUGCUGUGGAAUUCAGCUAAUCUCAAAGGAGGUAACUCCCAGCCAGCGAAGCGGAGCUGUUGAUGGAGACUCACAUCCGUGUGGAGAUGUGGAAAUGGCAUGAAUACUGGUGGACAACAAAACCCUCAGGGCUGUGUUACAUAGCAAAUUUAUUUUUAUACAUACACUUUAAGCCAUAUUGUAUAAAAUUUGGCUUUGAGAAGAGUUGGGGUUUUGAAGGCCAUUAUAAACAUACUGUAGAUACAGUAUGUUUUUCUGAAAGCACUGAUGUUUGAUAAGAAUGAAUGCCUCGGCUCCAUAGCUUUACUUUAUGCCAAAGAUAUGUCCUGUAUAGUAUUUGAUUGGAGUCGUUUGUAUAUUCAGUUCUUCCUGGGAGUGAAAGAUUGUAUCUUUUCUGAAGCAUUUCCGGCUCAUGGAUAUCACAUUUUAUUCAUCUGACUGCCUUUCCUUUUCAAAGAUUACCAGUCUGAGCUAAUUCUGUGUUUUACACCCACACACACAAUGAUUAAAACAUUGUCUCAUCUGCAAGUGUCAGAGUUGCUCUGAAGGCCCAGUGAAAGUGUCCCCUGAGGUCAUCAGGACCUACGUCAGGAUGUGGUAAUCAACAGCACUGUAGAGUUCUCUAUUAACACUUUAUUUGCCAUGUUUCCUUCAUUAUUCACACUUAAAUAACAGAGAAAGGUUAUAUAAUAUACUGUAAACACUACCAUUCACAGUGCAGGCUUUGUGACUUUCCCUAAGCAUUCCAUUUGUUGCGGUCUGGCUCUUUAGUUGUUUGUAGGUGUCGGAAUUGGAUAUAAAAUCAAAGCCCAAUACAAAUCUUUACUUUGCAGUGUUUUUAGUUGAGGAAAUAAUUUUGGCAGGUUUAAGGUGCAGUAAAAGUGAAUUCUCUGAAGCUGCUUCAAACUUUUGCUCAGGUAUGCAGCAGACUCCAAAUUUUUGAAGGUUUGAGCAAAGACAUCUUGUGUUUGGUAAAUUUUCCCACUAUAGGAAAUGAUUCACUAUGCCUCAUGACAAGUCUGAUCAUGAUUUAUUUCCAAACCACUCCAGACUUCUCCUAAGCACAAUUUAAUUUUACUAUUAUGUUAUUAGACAUUGGGUUUUACAGUGAAAUGUGAGAUACAUUACUCCACUGCCAGAUGAAAGUCUGCAAUGGGAGUCCACCUACAGUCAUUUACAGGGGCCCACGACAUGAGUAAUGCCCUAAAAAUAGGUGGGAAUGUGCUACACUCAAUCACUUCACAUAAACCGACUCUUUGGGGCUCAUGGGAAAAGCUCAUUUUAAGUCAACAUGAAGGAAUGUCAGCGCCCUAAAAAUCUGCCACCAUUAAAAGUCUGUGUGCUGAACUCCAUCGGUUUUUACCCCACAUGGUCUUUCAGUCUUUCAAAAACUGGGCUUGAUUGUGAAUGAAACUUUGCUGAAUAUAGUGAAUAGAAUUUUGUAGUAAAUGUUCCAAUAGAGAAAAGUAACUCCCUUAUAGAUUAGAAUCAUUUUAUUGCAAAAUAAUAUGAAAAAACAAGCUCUGAAAAGUAAAUUAUAACCUUAAAAUGUUGUGUUAUCUGUUAAAAAAAAAUGCAAUU